CCAGCUUCUUCCGUUGUGCUUUGAAGACUGAGGCCAAAUUCACUGCUUCUUUGGAUCCUUUGGUGAUAAGUCCAUUUUCAGACACAGCUGCCUUGGAAAGAGCCAGGGAAAAAUCCAUCUUUCCUUGGCUGAGCGAGCGCAGCUCGGUGGCCCUCCGGAGAGUCCAUGGAUCUCCAGAAGUUGCUGAUCGUUGGAUUUCUGCUGUGCUCUCUAAUUUGCUUCUUGGAACCUCUGGUUUCCUCUACGUCAUUUUUAACUGCGUUUAGACUACAAGAGGAGGAAGGAUCAAAACCUCUCUCAAGGGGUUUGUCUGUUGUUAGAAUGAAUGUUCCUGCCUUCCUAAAACAUAACAUGCAUGCUUCAGGAAACUACAGGUCCUGGCUGAGCAACGUCAGGGAUUACGUGUGGGAUCUCAUCAAAAGCACCCUACCUCGGGCAGCCAUUUUUGCCUUUCUUUUGAGCAGCGCAAUAAUGGGAACCCUCUGCUGCCUCACCAUUCUUGUGGGUGAACGAGGCCAGUAAAGUACUAGAAGAUUCCAUCGGGCAAGCAUGGAGUUUAGUUUGCUGGAUUUCAAGAAAGUGGAGUGUGCUAUUUGCUUAUAAUGAGAACGUAUCUAUCAAUUUAAAAAAAAAUUAAAAAAUAAAAUAUCUUUA